GUUCAUACAUAUAAAACAAAGUUGGAGUCUCACUAUUCAAUUGAAUCAUCCUUAGCAAGCACACAAUUCGAACUCUGGUAUCUUGCCGCUAAAAAAUCCGAAGAUCAAUUUUGCACGAAUAAUGGAGAUAGAAAUUACUGAGGAUACUUUCGGAACACAUCCGGGUGGACCGGAUCAAGAACCACGGGUCGUUCAACGAUAUACCAUGACCAAUCCUGCGAAUGGAUUUAGUGCUCAGGUAAUCAACUACGGGGCGACUCUGACCUCAUUGAAAGCGCACAAUCGAAACGGUAUCCUUGACGAUGUCGUGCUUGGGUUUGACUCGAUUGAGGGUUACUUGGAAAAUACGACGCCCUACUUUCGCGGAACUAUUGGGCGUACGGCGGGGCGCAUAGCGAAAGGCCACUUUACUCUGGAUGGAACAGAUUAUCAGUUGAGCAUCAACAAUGGGGAGAAUCAUUUACACGGAGGUUUUAUUGGAUUCGAUAAGAAAAUGUGGGAACCUUCCAUCUCCGGUGGUCGCGUGGUGUUCAGCUAUCACUCCACUGAUGGCGCGGAAGGCUAUCCUGGCGACCUGUUCACCCAAGUUACCUUCCAGCUGACGACAUUCAAUCAGCUGAUCAUUGAGUAUCAAGCCAUAGUGUCGAAACCGUGUCCAGUCGGAUACACGAAUCAUACAUAUUUCAAUCUCGCGGGACACCAAAAUGGCGACAAAAAAUUAGCCGGACAUUUUAUUACCAUUAAUGCAGAUGAUAUCACCCCGGUUAAUCCGGUGGACUUGAUAAUUACAGGCGAGAUUGCUCCCGUUGAAGGGACACGAUUCGACCUUCGUGGGAAUCCAGACCUGCACGCCUUGCUGCAACAAUAUCCGGAAGGUUACGACAUAAAUUACUGCCUCAACAUGGGAGAUCAACAAGUCUAUAAUGCCCGUAUGGAAGAUUCCGAGUCUGGGCGUGUCAUGCUCUUGACGACUGAUCAACCAGGGAUGCAACUCUUUACGGCGAACGGUUUUCCAGAAGAGGGCGCGCCACCCAUUGUUGGAAAAGAUGGCGCCAACUAUUUCAAACAUGGCGCGUUCUGCUUUGAAGCUCAAAACUAUCCGGAUGCUGUUAAUCACGCCCAUUUUCCAACCGCAAUUCUUCGUCCGGGUAACAUCCAUCAACACAGGACGAUCUAUGCGUUCGCCACAAUGCAAAAGUGAUGCAUAUUUUCAUCCAAAUUCACUACCAUAUUUCCAAAACGACAUAUACCGAAAACUAAAUAUUUAUUUUGGCUCCAAGAAUAAAUUCUAAAAUUUAUUUAGCUUAUAAAUUGUGAUCGAUGAAUAAGAA